AUGGCCGCCAUAUCCGCUGCGUCGGCCACCGCCAAUACCAUCACGCCCCCGAGCAGCAGUCACGGCAAUGGCAAUCAGAGCGCGUGGAACAGUUACGCUACGGCCGAUACCGAGAAUCUGCAAAAGAGAUCUCUGGAUAGGGUUGACCAUGCGAACCGAGCUCCCCUGACACAGAACGGCAACUCAGCCAACAUUUACGAAUACGGCUUCGAGCCCCUGCCGCCCCCACGGAAGAAGGCCUCCAUCGACAACAUUUCCUUAACCAAGAGCAACAGGUCAUGGGACAGGACAACCCGUCGCGACCACGAUACAUUAAAGACGGCGCCCGUCAAUGCUGACGACGUCUUUGGAGCCAAGUCCGGAGUUGCAGAGAAGCAAUCCACCACCGAAAUGGUGGGCGCCACAGACGACGACAAAUGGAUUCACCGGGACAAGCUGGCCAAGAUUGAGAGUCAGGAGCUCCAGGCCGCCGGCAUCAUCUUGCCCAGGGCACGCGCGAGCAGCAAGCCCCGUAGGGGUCGAAGCGAGGAGAAGCUCAACGGGAGCUCCAGGAGGACCACCUCUGCCCCGCCAGACGAUGAGCUUCCUCCCCCGAGAUCCAGAAAGAGCUCUGUCUCGCCUGAGAACAUGGUGCCCGAGGGGAGCCCGCUCGAGGAGGUGCCUAGCUGGGACUUGCGGCGGCCCGAAGAAAUCGAAGGUGAUGAGGCCUACUGGACCUCAAUCGCCGACAAAAAGAGCGGUUCCAAAAUCCCCGUCGCCAAGGCCAGCCCGGCCCCCAUCCCCGAGUUCUACCUCGAGAGGAAUGCACCCUCGGGACGCAGACGCAGCGGUGGUAGCGAACUGGAGACGAUAGCCUACCCGAAACCACGACCGAGGAGCGGUAGCGCCAACACCCUCGGCGCUACGUCCACUCUGCAGCCCGCGAAGCGCAACCUUACAGACGUCUCUCCCCGGAAAGGCAGCGGCGGCCCGUCUGCCACCGGCAGGAAGACGUCGGCCCAGGUCAAGGCUGGCGGGAAAACCAGGACGCGUGGUGGCAAGGACUCGACGAGCAGCAUAUCCGGAAGACCGAUUACGAGGUCUGCCGAUCUUUCACCCGGCGGCAAGAGACCGGAGGGUGAUCCGCCUUGGAUGAUUGGGUCCUACCGCCCCGAUCCACGUCUUCCCCCCGAACAACAGCUCCUCCCGACCGUCGCCAAGCGUCUGCAACAGGAACAAUGGGAAAGAGAGGGCAAGUAUGGCAGCAUCUAUGACAAGGAAUUCCGCCCUCUCACCGCAGACGGUCUGCUCAAGCCACCCGAAGCCGGAUCGAGCACGACGCCCCCCGACGAAGAGAAGCAGGAGCAAGACGAGUGGCCGCUCAAGGGAGAUGCGCCCAAGAGCCCCACCUCGCCAAGCAUCAAACAGAGCAACUCGUACUCGACCAUGCCCAAGAUCUCCGACAAGCCGCAGACGAGCCCGCUGCCGAGCCCCCGCACUCCCUUGAGCCCGACGAUGCAGCCCACCCAGCCCGCCGAAACCCAGUCCGUCACCCGCGUGCCCGAUCAGCCCUCCGCCGCCGCCAACAUGUCCAUGGGCGGCGAAAAGAAGAAGAAGAGCGGAGGCUGCGGCUGCUGCAUCGUCAUGUGA